AUGCAGCUGCAAGCGUUUAUUCUUAUUUUAACGAUCAUAUUGGCACUAGUUUCGUUAGGUGAAACCAUACCAUACCCGAGGCAUGGUUAUAGGCAUGGCCACCGACGUGGUCACGGCCAUCAUGGAGGACAUUCUCCUCGCGGCGGUUUUGGUCGAGGGGGUGGCUUCGGAGGUCGUGUCAGGCCAGGAAGUGGUUAUGGCCAAAGAGGAGGUUUCGGUCGAGGAGGUUUUGGUGGUGGAUUCGGACGUUUCCCAGGAUGA